CACAAAAAUAAAUGAUAAAUGCACUUGAUCUGUAUUUUUGUGCUUGACUCAAUCUCCCCCGUGUCCCCGCCAGUCGACCAGCUUUUCGACAGUGUCGCACGCCAUGCUGCGCACUUCAAUUGCGUCGAGCCGUCAGGUGCUCUCCUCCCCAAUCUGUCCCAAUCCGUCUGUGCAAUGGCUACACACCUCGAGAGCCAGGCGAGUAAAUGCCGCCGCGAGUAGAAGAUAUUAUGCUGUUGCUAGAAAACCCAAUGCUGGCGUUCGAAGCUCAUCAACCCCCAAUGCUGCCGCUACCCCAGAGUUAUCUCAGAAAGCUACAAACUCGACAAGCACGAAGCCUCCAGGCCCGAAUGACCCGGACGUACGAUCACCAGCCUCUCCAUCAACUGGAUCAACUCUCCAUCCGGAAACUGUUUCCAAGCCGCCCCAAUCUCCUGCCGUUCAAGGUCAGACUUCGCCAGGCUCAUCCGUUCAACCACCAGAGCAUGAGCCAUCCCCCCCACCACCGCGGCCUCCGCCAGCCCCCAAAACCGGACUGCUACGCAAACUACUCUAUCUGUUUCUCACCACCGGCCUCGCAUAUGCUGGAGGUGUCUGGUACUCUCUCAGGUCGGAUAACUUCUACGAUUUCUUCACCGAAUAUAUUCCAUAUGGCGAGGAGGCAGUUCUGUAUCUUGAAGAACGCGAUUUCCGGAGUCGGUUCCCAAGUAUCGCAAGACAGAUUAAUCGGCGCGUCUCAGCACCAAGGGAUGAAGGUGCCCAGGUGAUGAUACCCGGUAGAAGCGGACUAUCAUGGAAGGUUGCGGAAGAGCAACAAGAAGCGUCUGAUGUGACUAAACAAGGGCAGCAUAUAAGUGCUACGGAUGCGAAUGAGCUGACAGAAGAAACCAAGGUUGCAGAGAAGGCCAAGGAGGAUGUAAAGAGCAAACCAGUGGCGAAGAAAGCGGAAGCGGCUGAACCCAAAUCAUCUCCUAAGGUUGUCGAACCCCAUCCUGCGAAGGCGGAGGAGAACACAAGUCUCGAAGCCCCAAGACAACCAGUGGUUCCGGCCGCUGCUGCUAUCGAGCACUUGGGUCUGGAUAACGAGGAUGAACCAGUCGUACAGGACUUAGUGAAAGUCUUCAAUGACAUAAUUACCGUGAUCAGCGCUGAUGAAUCUGCCUCUAAGUUCUCCGUCCCGAUUGCCAAAGCGAAGGAAGAGUUGGAAAAAAUUGGAGACCGCAUCGUCGCUCUUAAGAAUGAUGCUCAGGAAUCAGCAAAGGAGGAAAUUAGAAAUGCGCAAGCUGCCUUAGACAAGUCUGCCGCAGAGCUCGUUCGACACAUUAACGAAGUCCGUGCCCAGGAUGCCGCUGAGUUCCGCGAAGAGUUUGAGUCCGAACGAGAGAAAAUCUCCAAAUCCUACCAAGAAAAAGUCACUACGGAGCUUCAGCGUGCUCAUGAAGUUGCCGAGCAACGCCUUCGCAAUGAACUUGUUGAGCAGGCCAUUGAGUUAAACCGUAAAUUCCUCGCUGAUGUCAAAACUCUCGUGGAGAAUGAGCGUGAGGGCCGCCUAAGCAAGUUAGCUGAACUGACCGCCAACGUCGCGGAACUGGAACGACUCACUGCCGGCUGGAGCGACGUGAUUGACAUUAACUUGAGAACCCAACAGCUUCAGGUUGCUGUUGAUUCCGUGCGAACAACUCUUGAGAACUCUGAGGUACCCCGCCCCUUUAUUCGCGAAUUGGCCGCCGUCAAAGAGCUUGCGUCCAACGAUGAAGUUGUGGCCGCUGCCAUCGCCUCGAUCAGCCCCACAGCCUACCAACGCGGAAUCCCAUCGCCGGCUCAGCUUGUUGAUAGAUUCCGAAGGGUAGCUAGCGAAGUCCGCAAGGCUAGCCUAUUGCCUGAAAAUGCCGGUAUCACGAGCCACGCUGCGAGUUUGGUUUUGAGCAAGGUUAUGCUCAAGAAGCAGGGGACGCCUGUCGGUAAUGAUGUAGAGAGCAUACUCACACGAACUGAGAACUUGCUCGAAGAGGGUAAUUUCGACGAGGCUGCGCGUGAAAUGAACAGUCUGCAGGGCUGGGCGAAAUUGUUGAGUAAGGACUGGCUUGCGGAUGUCCGGCGGGUUCUGGAAGUUAAACAGGCUCUUGAGGUCAUCGAAACUGAAGCCCGCCUGCGGUGCUUGCAAGUUGAAUAGAUCAAAUUAUACACCCCUGACCUGGGACAACUUAUCUCCCUCUUGUAUUCCCACCAAAUUACCGCUUUUGUAUACAUAUAGUAUUUCACCAUUACUUAGAAUCAAUGCUAGAUAUGCUGUUUCCGCUGUUUACAGCGUAGUUUGUUCUGCUGCUUCUUUCCCACGCCACCAUGGAUGUUUCUUAACCUAACUUAAAAAGUCGCUAGCGCAGCCACUCAGCGGCUGCGCC